GGGUUUCUAUUUAGAGCAAUAAUUGAUUACAUUCAUUUGGAAUCGGCAGACGUCUGUUAGUUUGUUAUGCCGCUGUGAAAUCUGAAAAUAACAGCGUUUUUUUGUAACUGUGGAAGAAAGAUCAUUGUUAUGGAUUUAUCAGAUCGUAAGCACUCUUAAAAAGGACCGCAAUCCUCUCUUCGAUCGGAACACUACUACAGGCGGGUUUGUACUGGCUCUGACUUUUAUUGAUGGCAAAAGCUCCUCACUCACUAGAGGACCUGAAAGUGAAAAAGAAGGUUAUUUUGUUAAAUAACAAAUAACGUAAGAGCUACUCUUGUGAUAGAGCAUAUUCUUUUGGAACUUACUCUGCAAGAGUGCCUGCCAAUUUACAGAAAUUGUAAACACUUCUUUUGGAGAUUACCACCAGAAAAUAUAGAUAAUUUUGUGCAGGAAAGAUUAGUCAAGUUCACACGUUUGAGAUAAAAGGAAGCAAAGGAUGAAGCGAACAGUGGGAGAAUCUUCAUCAGUAGUACCGUGAGAGUUUAAUGGAAAAGGUUGUUUUUCCGUCUGGACACCAAAAGAGGCCCUACAUGAUUGUUAACGACUCCCUCGUCGUUCUGGAAAAUUCAGGAACAAAUUGGUCAGUUACAAACAGGGACGAAAAUUCAGACAUUUUUCAUCCAAAUGCAGGAACAAUCAUCUUGGGUGUUUUCCUAUUCCUCCUGAUAUUCUUGACCAUUCUUGGGAAUGCGUUGGUACUGAUUGCCAUGCUUUUGAAAAAGAAACUGCGGACGGUGUCCAACAUGUUUAUUGUGUCUUUGAGUUUCACCGACUUCCUAUUAGGUUCCAUUGUCAUGAUACCGGCGGCACUCCAAGAACUGUUUCAUGAGUGGGUUCUAAUUCACGAGUUCUGCCCAGUGUGGGUAUCGUUUGAUGUCAUGUUGAGUAGUGCUUCUGUACUAAAUGUCUGCCUCAUUAGCAUUGACCGAUACAUCUCCAUUAUUACCCCUCUACGAUACAAUACAAUGAUGACCUUUAAAAAGGCAUCUUUAAUGCUGGCAGGAGUUUGGAGUAUAGCCGUUUUGUCGUCCUUUGUUCCCAUAAUGAACGGCUUUCACAAUCCAACCGUUCCCUCGUUGAAGAAUUUAACUUUAUUUUCCAGCACGCCGCUUUGUUUGUUUAUUAUCAGCGGCACUUACGGUUUAAUCGCGACCACUGUAACUAUUUUAUGUCCAAUUAUCAUAGCUAUUGUUCUCUAUUAUCGCGUUUCAAAGGAAGCCAAAAGACAAGCCUUUUUCGUCAGCACUCUUCUGACUCCAGGAAAUGUUUUGUUAAGACAACACGUUCCGGCGAAACAUUUGAGGGAGCCCUUUACCCGGAAGGCAACUGUGACGCUAGGGACAAUUGUCGGUGCUUACGUCACAACAUGGUCCCCGUUCUUGAUUGCCAAUAUUAUAGAAGGAUUCUGUCAAUGUAUUCCAGGGAAAAUAUUUACGUCCUUCGUGUGGCUAGGUUAUUGUAACAGUUUAAUUAAUCCCAUUAUUUAUCCUUUAUUCAUGAGAGAUUUCAGAAAAGUGUAUGUCUUAGCUUUAUCGAAAUGCUGUCCAUUUCUACACAAAUUAGAGAACUUCCGAAUUGAACAAACAUUGUAUAAAGGUAUACGAAACCCAAAUCGCUAAUCAUUUUCAUGUAACGUUAUUGUUUUGUUUUACACACGAAGUGUUUUGUUGUUAUAAGAUAUAUGCUUUUGAUAAUAUGAACUGUUAUUCAAAUAAAUAUUAUGUGAUGUUUCCAAGUACAUGCAUUGUUGUCUAAGAAAUUUUAUUUCAUUUUUGGGGGGUUUUUAUGAUUCUAAAUUCAGUCACAUUUUUUUGAAACCAUACAAAAUUGUCCAGGUCGGUUUUUUAUACCGCAUGUAUUUUCUGAUUAAUUUGACACUUAUCUAUAAAAUUUAUCACACACAAAUUUUGAAUAACAAUUUAUAAAAGUUAAGGUUCGUAAGGAAUUGUUUAACGAUUUGUUCAGGUUUUCUCUGAUAGGUGAGAAUAUACAUGUUUACUAUGCUGACAGAUUUCGCUCGUUCUGUAUAAAGAUCGAUGACGUUUAUAUGGUACUGCAGAUCCCCCCCCCCCUUUUUUUUUAAAGACAACCUUGAACAGGCAAUGACAUUUCCGUGGAAUAAUAGUCUAUCAAAUAUACAAAUAUAGCAAUUCGUAGUAAUUCCUUUUUUAUUUCCUUUGGGAAACUUUAACACAGGGCAAUUAAGAUGGCUGCGACCCCUGUGGUACGGCUAAGGCAACGACCCCGGGUGAAUACAUUGUAGAUGUUUUUAUUCGAGCGAUGAUCAAAGAUGGUCUUCUGUAUGAAAAGUGGCUAUUGAUAUUUUUUUAUCAAACAUAAAUUGUGGAAAUAAAUAAAGAUGAUCAAACAGGUUGAAAUUAUUGAUUGGGAUAAAAUAAAUUGGAUUUUCACAAUUGCUGAAGGAUGCCAGAUAAUUCAUUGAUAUAAAUGAAAAGUGAGUUACCUGGAAACGUUAUUUUUUAUUUAGUUGCAGUUUGUUUUUGGAUGGAAUGUUAAAUGAUUACCAAAGAGUAAUUGUAUCAACCAAAUUCUGAACAUUCCAAAUCAAUAACUAUAGUUAACGAAAUUCAUAAAACUAACUUGAGAAAAAGAAAAGAUUAAUUUUUUGUACGUGUAGCUUUCAAAUUGUCUUUUACCGAAUUGUGUUUAGUAUAUUGUGUCGUUUUUCUAAAAGCAUAAAAGAGGUACAUGUUUAGUUGUGUCGAAAAGACACUACUUAUGACUAUGUCUUUUUUCUUCGUGAUACCAGCAAGUUUGUAGCAUUGGUUGAAGCGAAAAACUCUCAUAAAAAUAUGUUCACAAAUUCCCAAAGGAAUUAAAAAAAGAAUCAUAUACGCCUUCUAUAUGACACUGAAGCAAAC